AUGGCUCUGGCAGUGUUGCUAGUGUCGGUGUCGGUCAAUACCGUAUCUUCCGUUGGCGAGGGCGGCACAAGGGAGCUGCCAGCUGUCGAAGUAGCCGAGCCGGUCGAUGAGUCUGUAUCGAGCCCACAACAGAAGACGGAUGGCCCGGCGGAGCCGAACCGGUCGGUGUCUCCCGGUAAUGCCUCGGAGGCUGGGCAGGAAUCCGAUCUCGAGGACGCCUCCUACGGUAACGCCAAGUGUCAAGAAAGCGCGUCAUGCCAUGAUUUGGCCAGUGAAGGCAACGGCCAUGACGAUAUCGAGCCGCCUCAGGCCAAGUCGAAGUCGAGUCGAAAGAGAACUACGCGUCGUUGCGGGAUCCGUCGAUCCCACGACAUAUCCCUUGAUAUUGAUGAAGAAGACGGCAUUGAAGCUAGACAGCAAACCGAGGGCCAAGGCAAGUCUCAACAUCUAGGCCGACGUCAGCACGACAGUGCGGAGGUCGACGAUGACGGCAUGUCUCAUCCUGCUGAAGACAGUGCAGGAGAGCAGGCCGAGGAAGACGACGAUACCAUUCGUCCAUCACCACGCAAGCGGCGCAAGGCGGAUUCCCCUACUCGUUCGGCCCUUCCCCGGUCGACCAUCGGACUGCAUAUUCGUUCAGAUGAUGACGUCCCCCCGCUCGGAGAAGCCCGAACAUCACCUCCAGGCGAAGUCGGAGGGCGGAUGGUAUUGGACGCUCCGCAGCGCCGCCGUCUACACCGCCGUCUUUCCAGACCUUUCUAUCUGCGGCACCGCACCGACAACCAUCGAGAAAGUGCAUCCUACCAUGAGGUGUCGAACGGAGACGAUGGCAAUGAUGACGAUGAACCGUCUCGGACUAAGCCUAAGUCCGGUCAGAGGAAAGCCGCGGUUCAUUCCGGGACCCGUCCAUCCCGCGAGGUAUCCAACAUCGACUCUGACGAGAUCAACGCUGAAGCCGUGCGGCGAACCGACGGCCAAGACAAGUCUCGAUAUCGUCUGGGCCGUCGUCGGUCUAAUAGGGCGGAAGUCGAUGACGAGGAUUCCUUCCAUCCUUCUGGAGACAGUGACGGAGGGCAGGACGAGGAAGACGGUGACACCUGCCCACCGCCGUAUAAGCGUCAUAAACUGCGCUCCCGUACCCGUUCGACCCUUGCUAGAGCGGCCGCCAGAGGGCAGAUUCGCUCAGAUGGAGGCCUCUCUCGGGCCCGACAAGGCAAGACAUCAUCCCUAGGUCCGAGGCACUCGAUUCGCGGUGAAGAAGGGGAUCAGUACGUUCCGACGGCCAAGUUCGAGGAAUGGCCUCUUCAGAAUGCAGCUCUCAAACGCGCAGUGGUAAAGGGCAUGCCGACUUUCCAACUACAGUUCACUUGGGGCUCUUACGCGGAACACGAGGACAAGGGGCAUGCAACUAGAAACCCGCAACACAAGUUGCCGGCCGAGAGCCACCUUCAUAGGAAGCGGAGUUAUGGAUCGAGACUUAGCUUCACGCCUGAAGAGGAUGGCCUUCUUGUCGACCUGAAGAAGCAGAAGCUGUCGUGUGGAAGGAAAUCCAUCAGCAGUUCUCGGACGCCGUUCUACGGCAAAGCAGGGCUGUGGGGACUCUACAGGCGCGCUGCACCAAGCUAA